AUCGUAUCGGGAUCGGAUGAUGGGAUAAUCGGCAUCUGGAGUAGCGAAACUGGCCAAAACCAGCAUUUCUUCUCUGCGCACUCUGGAUCCGUGCAGAGGUUGGCAUCCACGGGCUACGACGGCCUGGUCCAGUUAUGGGAUCUUAAAACCGGCGACCUACGUGGCCCAUUGCGCGGGCACCAAGACUGGGUCAGGCACGCAUCGUUUUCUCCACAAGGGUCCCUUUUGGCAUCGGCAUCCGACGACCGGACCAUUAGAGUCUGGGAUAUUUCUCUAGACGGUGUUGAGAUAGAAUCUGCGAAAAAGGUUCUCCAAGGCCACCAGGGAUACGUUAGGUUCACCGCAUGGUCAGCAGAUAAGGGGCACAUGGCGUCCUGCUCUGGUGACGGGACAAUUUGCAUUUGGGACGCAGGGGAAUUCUCCCUGAAGCACAAUUUGAAAGACAAAAACUCUGCCAGCCCGAACAUCGUCGCUUUCAGGUCAUACACAUCUCAGAUUGUGUGCGCUGCUUACGACGAUAUUGAGUAUAUGGGGCUUUGA